CACUUCCGUGAUAAACAACGUUACUGGGAAGAAUACGAGGUAACGUCAUGCCCAGGCUGCUGUUUUCGCUGUUUAUGUUACGCUGAAAAGACAUUUAUACAAGAGGAAGCAGGGUGAACUUCCUUCUCUGCCUUCAAUAUGAGCCGGGAUGCUCCCAUCCACAGUUGGCCUGGCUCUUAUUACAUCAACAGUGAGAAGAGGUGGGAGAGCGGAACCCUGUCCCUCACCAGGACCAUGGUGCGCUUCACCUCAAGCCAGAGCAAGGAGUGUCUCGCCAGCUUCCGCCUGUCCAGUGUCAUGGAGAUGAAGAUGGAGUCAUCUAGUUUCAUCUUCAGCACCCUCACAGUGCUGGAGGAGGGAAACAUCAAGCACUGGUUUGGUUCUCUUAAGCCCAACCGGGUGGUGGUUUUUAACGUGCUUGAGCAUUUCUGGAGAGAGCGGCUUCUUUCACCCACCUCAGAGGCUCGGGGGGCCGAGGGCCAUCCUUCAAAGGGGAGGGAGCUGAUCAGCCUUGUGGCGGGAGCUCAGAGAAGACUGGAGGACACUGGCAGAGUCCUCAGCCACCAGGGAGAGCAGUUUGACAACAUGAUGCAAGGAUUGGAGAAAAUUGACUCUGAUCUGGGUGUUGCUGAUAAACUUCUUUCAGAACUUGAGUCUCCAUCCUGGUGGCCUUUCGGCAAACUCCCCUGGAAGACUCAGCAGGAGGCCAAGGCUGAGGACGCCGCCAAGGCUGCAGCUGCCAUCUCUGCGGGCAAAGUGUCCAGCAGAAGCAAAGUGAUCGCGAGUAUCCCCGCAGUGGUGUCCAAAGGCGGAGACUCGGACUUGAAACCUGGUUGUUUGCUGGUGCUAGUGUCCUCGCUGGAGGUGCGAGACACCAACUGCCACCUCCUCCACCGAUUUGAACGCAACGAAAUCGACGAAAUUAGGGUGCACAGCCCCUACGAGAUCACAAUCAGGCAGCGGUUCAUAGGGAAACCAGAUAUAUGUUACAGGUUCCUUUCAGCCAAGAUGCCAGAGGCCAUGUCUGUGUUAGAGAUGCAGUACAAAAAGAAGAUAGAGUUUACAAGUGAAUACGUAGCCUUCAAAGCAACUCCGCUUUCAUCUCCCGACAAAGAAGGGACAAUCUGGAACGACGGUUUGAUGCAGAAGUGCCAAGACACAGAGCUCCCAGUGGAGGUCCCGGCAGGAGAGCUGUCCCAGCUGCAGGUGCAAGCCCUCCAGCCGUCUGUCAGUCAGGCUGAGGCCCAGGAACUCAAGCAGAUGCUGAUGCAGCUAAAGAACCUUGCACUGGAGGCAGAGACGGAGCUGGAACGCCAGGACGAGGUCCUGGACGUCCUGACGAGCUCAACAGACCGAGCCACCAUGCAUAUUGGGAAGCACACAUGUCGCAUGAAAAGACUGAUGUAGAGGAAAGACUGUUGAAGAAAAAAAAAGCAUGUCGCUUCAUGAUGUGCCUUAGAUGGCCUUCUGCUCGAAGAAAGAAAGAAAUUAAAAACUGACACAUGUUUUAGAUAGUUCUUAAGAUUUAGUGCUACUUAAAGAUGUAACUGGAUGGCGCUCUAAUUUGUAGGGCAGUUCUGAGGUGUUCCCACAAGUCUAGUUUAAAUAUUACUUGCUGUGAAAAUAGAACUUUGGUUCUUCAAUGCAAUUAGGCAACACAUACCUUCCAAAGUUUGCAAUACUUCUUUAACAGAAAAUACUGUUUUUAAACUUUAUUUAUUUAGCUGUUUAAAAUGUAUCUUCUUUUAAAGUAUGAGCUUCAGUUUGCCAAAUCAGUGUUUAGCAUUUUAAAAACAUCACCUCGAGCCUUGUCAUCUCUUUUUUUUCAUGAUUUGAAAGGAUACCGUUCAUCUCUCUCUUCCCAGUGAUGCAUUUGUUCUAGAUAAUGUAUUGCAACAAUUCAAUUUUAUGUUUCUCAGGUUAUAUGUUUCACUUUUUGAAGAGUCUAUGUCUCUUUCUUAUGCAUGUGUCAGUAUGACUUAUUUUACAGAAAUAAGGGAAAAUGUUAUUUGAAAAAAAAAAUCAAUAUAUAGUUGAACACUAAUAAAACUUUGUGGACAUUCCAUGAAAAGAGAGAAAUUACACAUUUAUCUUUAAGAUUAAUUUAUCUAGUGUGCAUUACAAGCUCAUAUGUUAACAUUAUAUAUCCUUUGUUCGUUUUUUAAAUUCUGAACUUUUACGUUUUAACCUUUUAAACUUUUAUUUGCUCUGAGUGUUUUUUGUUUGUUUGUUUGUUUGUUUUUGUGAAAGAAAAUGCCAGAGAGGUACAGGUUAUGUGUGUCAUGAGGUAAGGAUUUGACCUAGAGAUGAUUUGAGACUAAACUGGAGCAUGUCAAAGUAACUAGGUGUAUUACUGUACAUUUGAUGCAUCUAUACCAACUUCUGAAAUGAUCUACAUCUAUUUCUACUGUAAACUUAAUUUGUCAUUGGAUGUAAGUAAGUACGUAAUUAGCUUCGAAUAUCGGUAAGAUUCACCUAAUUUUUCCUUCUAUUGUAUGCACUGAAUGAGUCUGUGUAGCAUAACUUGCAAUAAAAUUUAAAUAAGCUCAGCAAAUAUGCAUA